AUGUGGGAGUUCGUAACAAAAAAUAAAAAUGAUAUUAUUUAUUUAUCUUUGCUAUUGUUUAGUGUAUUUAUCGGGCCGUAUUAUAGGCGGAUAAAUAUUAUUGAGGAGAAGAAAGUGGUCGGUUCGUUGUUGGGUUUGUUUUUGAUAGCUACUGUAUCUGGGUAUAGCGCUCUUCAUCCGAUCCUUUCUGGUAUCUUCGGCAUCAUGGCCAUCAAGUCAACUACCAUUCAGAAAUGUCACGUGACUACAUUCUUCUUUAUGUUCGGCUACCUUACAAUAUUCCGUCUUGGCGAGAGGUUCGGUCUGUCUCCAUCGUCAGGGCAUACGAAUCUCAUAGAGAUGAUCAUAGUGCUUCGUGUUGUGGGAGUGGCGUUUGAAAUGAAUGGAUCAUAUCUGGCUAUGAUGGAAAGGAAAAGGGGUGAUAGAAGAGAUGAUCGCCCCAAGGAAAGGGAUGAGGAUUUCGUGGAACUCAUCAACCCUGAUUAUGUGAAUUUAUUCCAUUAUACGUUCAACUAUAUUGGAUUAUUGACUGGUCCGUAUUACCGUUAUCGUACAUACGACGAUUAUUUCAAACUACCCUUCAGCAAGCACGUUGAUUGUUUCGGCUUCACCAUCAACACACUCAAAGCAGUACCUCUAUACGUCACACUGUACUUGGCACUGUCACAUCUAUUUCCUUUGGAGUACGUGUUAACGGAGGAACACAACAGCCGUCAUUUCGUGUACCGCAUGUUCUACCCGUGGCUGUUGUUCGCUGCUUUCCGUCAACGGAUAUACGCUGGCAUGACUCUUGCUGAGAGCGUCUGCACUUCCGCUGGACUUGGAGCAUAUCCGGUCCAAGGCAGGAACAGAUCCGGCCACGGACCGACCGUGGGAUACUUGAAGAUGAAACAAAUGUCAUUGACCGAUGCUGAGUCUGCUCAAUACGACUUCAAGACCGUCGAGUCUAUGGAAGUAUGGGGCUGUGAGACUGUUGUCACUCUCAGAGACUCAAUGAAGGUGUGGAACAAAGCGGUUCAGUACUGGGUCGCUAUGGUCGUCUACAAACGAUUCCCAUUGAAGGCUUUUAAGAUCCACGCGGCCCUGUUCGUGUCAGUCAUCUGGCACGGUUUCCACCCCGGCUACUUCUUCUGUAUCUACUUCUGUCCGUUCUAUUUGAUGGCCGAAGAUCUUUACUAUCAUCUUUAUUACAAGGAUGCUACCGGCACGAAAAAGAAAAUCAUCGGCUUCAUAAUGUGGUUCCUUCGUUCUCAUUCCGAGUCCUAUCAAGCUGCUGCGUUUUUGCUACUAAGUAUUGAUAGAGUGUGGGCGUAUUAUUCCUCUGUAUAUCACUACUGGUACUUCGUGUGGUUCGGUUUCUUCGUGCUCGGUCUUAUAUUGAAUCGCGUCAGACUAAUGCUAGGCCCGAGGGUUAUAGUUCAUUCUCAGUAA